AUGAAUGAAGAAUACGACGCGAUCGUGUUGGGCACCGGACUCAAAGAAUGUAUACUUUCGGGUAUGCUGUCGGUCAGUGGGAAAAAAGUUCUGCAUGUAGAUCGUAAUAAAUAUUAUGGCGGUGAAUCUGCGUCGAUCACGCCUCUGGAGGAUCUGUUCGCGAAAUUCAAAGCCCCGGCACCGGAUGAGACUUACGGCCGUGGUCGUGAUUGGAACGUUGACUUGAUCCCAAAGUUCCUGAUGGCGAACGGCUUGCUGGUGAAGCUUUUAAUUCACACGGGCGUAACGCGUUACUUGGAAUUCAAAUGCGUCGAGGGAUCGUACGUCUACAAGUCCGGGAAGAUAUCGAAGGUCCCGAUAGAUCAGCAAGAGGCAUUGUCCAGUGAUUUGAUGGGCCUUUUCGAGAAAAGACGUUUCCGUAGUUUCCUUAUAUGGGUGCAAAACAUGCAAGAGGACGACCCGAGAACUUGGGACGGUUUCGAUCCAUUUAACAACAGCAUGAGUGCUUUGUACAAUAAGUUUAAUCUCGAUAAGAACACUCAAGAUUUCACAGGGCAUGCACUGGCUCUGUAUAGAGACGACGAAUAUAUAUGUCAAAGCGCGAUUACUACUAUAAGAAGAAUUAAAUUGUACAGCGAUAGUUUAGCACGCUAUGGAAAAUCACCGUAUCUGUAUCCUAUGUACGGCUUGGGUGAACUUCCUCAAGGUUUUGCACGGCUCAGCGCCAUCUAUGGUGGAACGUACAUGUUGGACAAACCGAUCGACGAGAUCGUAAUGAAGGAUGGAAAGGUUGUUGGUGUACGUUCCGGCGACGAAGUAGCUCAAUGCAAACAAGUAUUUUGUGAUCCCACAUAUGUACCUGAUCGUGUGAAAAAAGUGGGUCAGGUCAUAAGAUGCAUUUGUCUUUUAGACCAUCCUAUACCAAAUACAGCAGACGCUCUUUCAACGCAAAUUAUUAUUCCUCAGAAACAAGUUAAUCGUAAUUCCGAUAUCUACGUAUCUUUAGUGUCGCAUACUCAUCAAGUAGCGGCAAAAGGAUGGUUCAUUGCCAUGGUGUCUACCACAGUUGAAACGAAAAAUCCAGAAGCCGAAAUCAAACCAGGCUUGGAUCUACUCGGACCGAUCAAACAAAAGUUUAUAUCAGUUUCUGACUACAUGGAGCCAACAGACAACGGCUUGGACAGUCAGAUUUUUAUAUCAACAAGUUACGAUGCUACAACGCAUUUUGAAACUACUUGUCUGGAUGUUCUUGAUAUAUUUAAACGGGCCACUGGCGAGGAGUUCGAUUUUAACAAAGUAAAACAAGACCUAGACGAGGAUCAGUAA